AUGCCAUCCAUGGCGUCUUCGGCCGCCUCCUCCUCCUCCCUCGCAGCAAUUAGCCACCCUCAUUUUCUCCCUGCCAAGCCCGUCUCCCCUCCCAAACCACUCACCCAUCCGCUCCCCGCGCGGCGUCUACCCCGCCCGCAGCUCGUCGGCGCCGCCUCCACCCCCCGCACCUCCCAGGCGGAGCUCCGUCCGGACUCCAAGAACGCCCCCGCGCUGUCCGCCGAGCUCCGCCGCCUCUCUCGCGCGGGGCGGCUCCCGUCCGCGCUCUCCCUCCUCGACCACCUCUCCCACCGUGGCGUCCCGGCCACCGCCUCCGCCUUCGCCGCGCUCCUCUCGGCGUGCCGCUCCCUCCCGCACGCGCGCCAGAUCCACGCGCACCUCCGCGUCCACGGGCUGGACACCAACGAGUUCCUCCUCGCCAGGCUCGUCGAGCUCUACCUCGCGCUCGGCGCCACCGACGACGCGCGCGGGGUGCUCGACGGGAUGCAGCAGCACGGCGCGAGCGCGACUGCCUACUCGUGGAACGCGCUCCUGCACGGGCACGUCCGCCGGGGACGCGGGGAGGCGGCGGGCCCCGUCGCCGACGCGUUCGCGGAGAUGCGCGCCGCGGGGGCCAGCGCCAACGAGUACACGUACGGCUGCGUGCUCAAGUCCAUCUCCGGGAGCGCCAGGCCGUCGAUGACCAUGGCCACCGCCACGCACGCGACGCUCGUCAAGAACGCUUUCGCGGGCGCGCCCGGGAUGCUGAUGACUGGGCUUAUGGACGUCUACUUCAAGUGCGGGAAGGUGAAGCUCGCUGUGAAGGUGUUUGAGGAAAUGCCUGAGAGGGACGUGGUCGCGUGGGGGCAGCCAUUGCUGGGUUUGCACACAAGGGGAUGA